CAGAGGGAGAGAGUUUCAAGAAGGAAGAAAUGGUGACAGGGUGAUUGAGGAGGUAAAGCCUAAACAUGGGCAACACCAGGCUUGGGGGACCCCUGAGAACCGGCUCAGGGACACAGCAGAAGCCAGGCAGCCAAGGAUUAGAAGGCAGUGGACCAUGAGCAAGUGGAGGCUUCUCUGUCCAGAAAUUUGGCUUUUAGAGGAAAACGAAAGCUGGAGAGAGGUCAGCAGAGGUUUUCCCUUUUAUUGGCUUCCUUUGGUUUAGGAAGGCGAGCCUUGUGCAUGCCCGCAGACAGGAGGAGGAGCUGGUGGAGAAGGAGAAAUGAAACUUGGAAACACAGGGGAGUGUUUCCCUCAGCAGUUACGGGCCCCGGGCAUGUAUAUUUAUUGACUUGAUGCCUUUCCUGUUGGCUUCCCCCAACCAGACGGGAAGCUUGUGGGGGCCUUUUCACAGCGGGCCGCCAGCACUGCCUGGCAUGUAGCAGACACUCAGUCAGUACUUCUUGUAUUAAAUUGAAUUCACAGGGCUCCACGGGGUGCCUAGUGGUGAGACCCAAGGAAGAGAAGGGCUCAUGAAGAGCUGAAGGAGCAGCUUUCUCAGAGGGAAGAAACACAGGAAUUCGGUAGCAAGUCCGUGCAAAAAAGGAGGUGACAGCAGGGCUUGGCGACAACAUUUUAAAGUGACUCCAGAGUGGGGCUUUCACAGGCUCCUAAAUGGUCUCAGGCUGGGAGCAGGACAGAGAGCUGAACCCCAGAGAUGAAGGGCCUCCUCACACUGGCUUGGUUCCUGGCUUGUAGUGUGCCUGCUGUGCCAGGAAGCUUGCUCGACCUGAAGUCAAUGAUUGAGAAGGUGACGGGAAAGAACGCCUUGACGGACUAUAGCUUCUACGGCUGUUAUUGUGGUUGGGGCGGUCAAGGGACCCCCAAGGAUGGUACAGAUUGGUGCUGUUUUGUGCAUGACCACUGCUAUGGGCGGCUGGAGGAGAAAGGCUGCCGUAUCCGGACACAGCCAUACAUAUACAGAUUCUCACGGGGCCUGGUCAUCUGUGAGCCCGGGUCCUCCUGCCAGGUGCAGCUCUGCACCUGUGACCGGAAGCUUGCCUACUGCUUGAAGAGAAACCUAAGGACCUACAAUCCUGGUUAUAAAUACUUUCCCAACAUGUUCUGCAUGUAGUUGCCCUCACGGAGCUCCUCCCAGACCAUGCCUUUUGCUCCCUUCUCCUACAACAUGAAGCUCACCAACUUGACCCUCCAGAGAUUCCCAAGAGAGUGACUCUGGUCCUAGGACUUGGCAAGAUCAGGGUCCCUGGCCUCUACUUGUGAGGUCGGUCCUUCUGGUGCCCAGAGCUCACUCUUAAUUCCAGGCUGGCCGUUCUCGCCUCUGAAGACAGCGCCCUUUCUCCAGGAGGAAGACUUUCCUGGGGUGUAUUUACUUUUCAGCUUCUGCAGUGUGAUGAGCACUACCACCCUCUAGAGCAGCGGUUCUCAACCUGUGGGUUGCGACCCCUUUGGGGGUCGAAUGACCCUUUCACAGGGGUUGCCGGGUACUCGUAUGUGGGUGCAUCUGCAUGUGGCCCUGAAGAUGGAUAGAGGAGCGGUGUCUCGGUUCCUAAGACCAUCGAAAAUAUGUGUUUUCCGAUGGUCUUAGGCGACCCCUGUGAAAGGUUGAGAACCGCUGCUCUAGAGCAUUUUACACAAGGAGAAGCAAAAUUGACUCCAUAAAUCUCACCUGUAGAUAUUAAAUAAAAUUCCUUCUCAGGACUAAUAAAACACAUGCUA